GCACAGACGCGCGCAGCCUCCAGCCGUGCCGCCGCGCUGCUGCAUCCCCAUCACCCCUCCGCUGCAGCGGGCUGAGCCACUUCACGGCGCGCCGCCGCGCCAAACACACGCGCUCUGCUGUCCGUCACGACUCCGCGCGUUACCGGAAACGCACCAGACGCGAUUUGUUUCAUUUUUCAAAUAAUGCUUUGAAGUCAGCCAAGUUGUGAUUACCUCCGCGUGUUUGUCGUUGAGAGGAACUCUGAGUUCACGUUAGGUCUGCUGGAGACUUUCCUGAAGCUCCGGAGCGCCAGCAGGUAAAGGAUGCAGCUUCUCCCGCGCCGCCGCACGGACGCCCUCUCCUCCCGGGAUCAGUUGUAAGGAUCCGGGCUGUCGGCUGCUGAAUGUCGCCGCAGACAUGAGUUUGAGAACGAGGUCUUGUCUCCUUUCACUCUUUCUUGGAGUCGUCUUCAGUCGCCUCAGCCUCUGCAACCAAGUCGUGCUGCUGGAUACGACGUCAGUACUCGGAGAGCUGGGAUGGAAGACAUAUCCGAUAAACGGGUGGGACGCCAUCACAGUGAUGGAUGAGCACAAUCGGCCCAUCCAUACUUUCCAGGUCUGCAACGUGAUGGAACCCAACCAGAACAACUGGCUUCACUCCAACUGGAUUCCUCGACAGGCUGCCCACAGGAUCUACGUGGAGCUUCGCUUCACUUUGCGCGACUGCAACUCCAUCCCCUGGGUUUCUGGAACCUGCAAAGAGACCUUCAACCUGUUCUACCACGAGACCGAUGACGCUCACGGGAUCAAGUUUAAGCCCCCACUAUUCACGAAGAUCGACACCAUUGCUGCCGACGAGAGCUUCACCCAGAUGGAUCUGGGAGAUCGCAUUCUCAAGCUCAACACAGAGGUGCGUGAGGUGGGACCCAUAUCCAGGAAGGGCUUUUAUCUGGCGUUCCAGGACAUCGGCGCCUGCAUUGCAUUGGUUUCAGUGAGGGUCUACUACAAGAAAUGUCCGUUCACUCUGAUCAACCUGGCCUCGUUUCCUGACACCGUCCCUCGUGUGGACUCGACCUCCCUUGUGGAGGUGAGGGGUGCAUGCAUCGAUCAUGCUGAAGAAAAGGAAACCCCCAAACUCUUCUGUGGCGUGGACGGAGCCUGGUUGGUUCCACUGGGAAAGUGUGUUUGCAGUGUCGGGUAUCAGGAGGUUGGCGGCACGUGUGUGGCAUGCCGUCCUGGAUUCUACAAGGCAAAUCCUGAAACCAACUGCACAAAAUGCCCUCCACACAGCUUCAGCUACGGUGAAGGAGCUUUCGUCUGCCGCUGUGAAAAGGGCUUCUACAGGGCGAAGAAAGAUCCUCCAACGAUGGCCUGCACGCGCCCUCCAUCUCCUCCACGUAAUCUCAUGUUCAGCAUGAACGACACCUGUCUGAUGCUGGAGUGGACCCCUCCCCUCGACACCGGCGGCCGUCGGGACCUCACCUACAACGUCCUGUGUAAACGCUGCAGCCCCGAGCCCAGCCGGUGUCAGCUGUGUGAAGAGGAGCUGCGUUUCCUGCCUCGACCGUUGGGCUUGACCAACACCACCGUCACCAUCGUGGACUUCGCUGCACAUGCCAACUACACUUUUGAGAUUGAGUCGCUGAACGGCGUUUCGGGUUUGAGCUCCUUCCCUCGGCAGGUGGCCAUCAUCACAGUCAGCACGGAUCAGGGGGGCCCAUCUCGUGUCGGAGGGUUGAAGAAGGACUGGGCUUCUCCAAGCAGCAUCGCACUCUCCUGGCAGCAGCCUGAACAAAUGCUUCCUGUUGCUGAAUAUGAGAUAAAAUAUUAUGAGAAGGAACACGAACAGCUGAGCUACUCGUCGACACGCACCAAGGCCCCGAGUGUGAUCGUCUCUGGUUUGAAACCAGCCACCUGGUACGUGUUUAGCGUUCGGACCCGUACGGCAGGAGGACACAGCUCCUACUCACCGAAGUUUGAAUACCAAACUACAGGAGACUCCUCAGACAUGGCUCCGGACCAGGGCCAGGUGCUGGUGAUCGCCACUGCUUCAGUCGGGGGUUUCACCCUCCUCAUCAUCCUCACCCUCUUCCUCCUCAUCACUGGACGCUCGGCCUGAAUGUUGCUAUCUCCGAUGAUGGUGAGGAACGUUUGAAGCUCCGCAUUGGACCAAAAGCUAUUACUUGCAGGUAUUUUCACACACAAGAAGUACAGCCAAACAAACACUGGAACUCGACUCACUUCUUUUUCCAUCCCCUGGGAUUGUCGCGGGUAGUUACGUAAUUUCUCCCCCAAUCAGAGGACUCUGGACCUUUUACGCUGUGGCUCCGCCCAGACCAAAAAUCUCUGGACCCACAACAGAAGGGGUCCCGCUCUGGCCCGCUACUGGACCGGUUCGGGUAAGUUUCCUGGACUGGUUUAAACAAUCGAAACAAAAUAUUUAGCGACCCGAUCCUUCCCAUUCCAUGCCAGUUUGGUCGGUGGAAAAGGCCUAUUACAGCCCAAGAUGGGCCAGAAAGACAAGGCUGAACUGCUGACUUGCAGUCCAAGACGGAGGAGGCCAGAAAGACAUGAGCUGAUGUAACACCACAAACCUGCUGUGGAUCAGUCAGCUCGCUCAGGAGGUGACACAAAACGGUACCAACCUCCAUCCUGCGUCGACACGUCAGCAGGACGACGCAGGGCUGAGAGCACAGUCUGUGACCAAGACUCAUUGCAGUAUAUCACGCCUGAACUGGAGAUGAGGUGCAGGGGUCAAACACAAAGUUCGGAGGAAACCAGAACCAUGGGUCAGCCAGCCACUGAAAAUACAGAACAUUUGAAACCUGUUCAGUCCUACAAGCCAUGGGUUGCAGCACAGGAGGAAACGACAGAUGUGGAGAAGGUUCAGAGAUCCGUAAAUCAUCUUCUGCAUUUAUGCAUGCAUUGGGUAAUGGUCAUCAAUUUUAUCUGGUUUUUGAUGUCUAUUGGUGUGAAUUGAUUUAAUAAAGCUCAGAGUAUUAUAUAGGUUUUGAUGUCUGGUUUAAUGUUGAGCUAAGAUCCGAUUGAUUGGUCAUUCCAAAUUCCAGGUUGGUGGGUGUGUCAUAAUUCUUACUCUGGUUUUUGUUGACAUGACAAUGUAUUUUAUUUUUAUUGUUAUUGCUCAAAAGUAACAUUCAGGGGGGAUAAAUUAAUAAAGCUAGGAAUGCAGGAUAAAACGGUGUCUGUCUAGUGUUAAGCUAAAGUCCUCGCAUUGAUAGGGUGCGUCAAUCAUAAUUCUUGCUUACUAAUUGAUUAUUAGGUUAAUGACAUCUUACUUUGGUUUUGUUAUGACAACCAAAAUGAACAUCAGGAGGGAUUUGUUAGGUAUUUUUAUUAAAUGUUCAUGUUCACCUUUUGAUGAGCUCCUGCUCGUUGAGAGACUAAACAGACCUCCCACAACUGGUGUGUUUCUUUUUUCUCUCUGGUUUUGCAAAAUCUGAUUAUUGAUUAUUUGUGUUUAUUGGUAAAUUUUAUUAAUAUCAAUAAUAUCUCUAACCCCCUUGUGUGUUUUGGACUUUCUUUGAGGUACGCCUGGAUUGAAUAAAUAAAAAUACCUAACAGAAAGAGAGAGAGUGAAUAGGAAAGAGGGAAAUCAGUAGAUCCUGAGGAAGGUGGAAUAGGUGGGGAGAGCAGAAUUAAGAGAGAGUGGUGAAGAAGGUCAUACAAAAGCCAGCUUGAACAAGUGAAUGUUCAGCUGCUUUUUAAAGGCGUCCGCUGAGUCCACUGAUCUCAGACUC